UGUUACAUUUACCUAUUCACCAUCGAGGUAUAAGUUAAUCUCUCUCAUUUUUUUCUCUCUCUUCUCUUCGUGAUUAUUAAUUUUCUUUUUUGUUCUCUUCUUGGUUGUUCAGUCUGUUGAGUGAAAUUUUAUUCUAGUUGUUAUUCUAACUGGUUAAUUAAUAGUAAUAAUUAGUGAUUGUCAAUAUGUCAGCUAAAGCCGUUUGUGAAGCUAGUGGGAAAAAUUUGCUUAACAAAUUUCUCAAUUCAACCUGUUCACCAUCUAAAUUUGUUACCGUUAACGAGUCAACUAAUUUUGAGCAAAUUGUUCGUGAAAAUGGUUGGUUAAAAACAGAAAAAUUGGUUGUUAAACCAGACCAAUUGAUUAAACGUCGAGGUAAAUUAGGUUUAAUUGGUGUCAAUUUGGAUUAUCCUGAUGUACAAAAAUGGAUUACAGAGAGAAUGGGUAAAGAAAUUCAGGUUGGUAAAGCUCAUGGUAAAUUGAGAAAUUUCAUCAUCGAACCAUUUUUACCUCAUCAAGAGAGUGAAGAGGCUUACAUUUGUAUCUACUCUCACCGUCAUGGUGACACCAUUUUGUUUUAUCAUCAAGGAGGUGUCGAUAUUGGUGAUGUUGACUCGAAAGCCAUACGAUAUGAUUUAUCGAUUGAUGAGCAACCCACCGAAGAGCAUAUUAAAUCCAAAUUAUUGGUUCACAUUUCAGAUGAUAAAAAGGAUAGAGUGACGAGGUUCAUUCUUGAUCUUUAUAAGGUUUACAUUGAUCUUUAUUUCACCUACUUAGAGAUAAAUCCUUUGGUGAUAACCUCAAAUGAUAUCUAUGUCCUUGACCUUGCUGCUAAACUUGAUGCCACCGCUGAAUUUAUCUGUAAACAAAAAUGGGGUGACAUUGAUUUUCCACCUCCCUUUGGACGUGAUGUUCCGGAAGAGGCUUAUAUUGCUGAACUUGAUGCUAAAAGUGGUGCUAGCCUUAAAUUGACCAUUCUUAAUCCAAAGGGUCGUAUUUGGACUAUGAUUGCCGGUGGAGGUGCAUCAGUUAUUUAUGCGGACACUAUUUGUGAACUUGGUGGUGCAACUGAGUUAGCCAAUUAUGGUGAAUACUCUGGCGCUCCAACAGAACAACAAACAUAUGAAUAUGCCAAGACAAUUUUGAGCUUAAUGACCAAAGAGAAACACGCCGAAGGUAAGAUUCUUCUUAUCGGAGGUGGUAUUGCCAAUUUCACCAAUGUGGCAUCAACAUUUAAAGGAAUUGUCAAAGCUCUUCAAGAAUUUCAAACAAAACUUCAAGAUCACCAAGUUUCCAUUUUUGUCCGACGAGCUGGACCCAAUUACCAGGAAGGUUUACGAGUUAUUCGGGAAAUGGGUAAUACUUUGGGUAUUCCGGUUCGUUUUGGUCCCGAAACUCAUAUGACAGCAAUUGUUGCCAUGGCUAUGGGAAAGAGAGAAAUUCCCCAAAUGCCCCAGCCCAAUGUUACCACAGCUAAUUUUCUUUUACCUGGUGGAAUGAUGCAAGGUAAUAACUCGGGAGUACAAAAUGCAGCAAAAAAAGAUAAUUCCGUAAUCGGUAACAGUAGUUUAUCAUCAGUUACUGGUGAAUCUGCACCCACCUCGCUAACCUAUUCAGAAAAAUCCCUUUUCACUCCAACCACCAAGGCAAUUGUAUGGGGAAUGCAAAAUCGAGCUGUACAAUCAAUGCUUGAUUUUGAUUUUGUUUGUUCUCGUAAAACUUGGUCUGUUGCUGCCAUGGUUUAUCCUUUUACCGGUGAUCAUAAACAAAAAUUUUACUGGGGACACAAAGAAAUUCUCAUUCCUGUUUAUAAGAACAUGUCAGAUGCCAUGAAGAAACAUUCAGACGCCGAUGUGCUGAUUAAUUUCGCUUCCCUUCGAUCAGCUUAUGAAAGUACCAUUGAAACUCUUCAAUAUCCUCAAAUAAGAACCAUUGCUAUCAUUGCUGAAGGAAUUCCAGAAAAUUUAACUCGAAAAAUGAACAAAAUGGCCAAUUCAAAAGGAAUUACCCUCAUUGGACCAGCUACUGUCGGUGGAGUUAAACCUGGUUGUCUGAAAAUUGGUAACACUGGUGGUAUGUUGGAUAACAUUCUAGCAUCAAAAUUGUACCGACCUGGUAGUGUGGCUUAUGUUUCCCGAUCAGGAGGAAUGUCAAAUGAACUUAACAAUAUUGUCUCUCGGGCUACAAAUGGUGUCUACGAAGGUGUUGCUAUUGGAGGUGAUCGUUACCCUGGAACUACAUUCCUUGAUCAUUUACUUCGUUAUGAAGCCGACCCUAACAUAAAGAUGCUCAUUCUACUUGGUGAAGUUGGUGGAAUUGAAGAGUACGAAGUUAUUGACGCUGUUAAGUCCAAGAAAAUCACCAAACCAUUAGUUGCUUGGUGUAUUGGUACUUGUUCAACAAUGUUCACCUCUGAGGUACAAUUUGGUCAUGCCGGUGCAUGUGCUCACAAUGACCGAGAAACCGCCGUGGCUAAGAACAAAGCUAUGGCUGAAGUAGGAAUCUAUGUUCCAGCAACAUUCGACGAACUUGGUGUAACUGUUAAAUCAGUUUACGAUCAAUUAGUUGCCAAUGGUAACAUUGUACCUUCUCCUGAGGUUCCACCUCCAACCGUGCCAAUGGAUUACAAUUGGGCUCGUGAAUUGGGUCUCAUCAGGAAACCCGCUUCCUUUAUGACCUCAAUCUGUGAUGAAAGAGGACAAGAACCUUCAUACGCUGGUAUUCCUAUUACACAAGUUAUCAAGGAAGAUCUUGGUAUCGGUGGUACACUUAGUUUACUCUGGUUCCAACGUCGUUUACCCUCUUAUGCAUGUAAAUUUUUUGAAAUGUGUCUCAUGGUCACCGCUGAUCAUGGUCCAGCCGUGUCUGGUGCCCACAACACCAUUGUCUGUGCUCGAGCUGGUAAAGAUCUGGUUUCCUCUCUUGUUUCUGGUUUGUUAACAAUUGGUGAUCGUUUUGGAGGAGCUUUAGAUGCUGCAGCAAGACAGUACAGCGAAGCUUAUGAUUUAGGUUUACAUCCAAUGGAAUUUGUUAAUCAAAUGAGGAAAAAGGGUCAACUCAUCAUGGGUAUUGGACAUCGUGUUAAAUCAAUCAAUAAUCCUGACAUGAGAGUUAAAUUGAUGAAAGAUUUUGUCAAACAAACUUUCCCAUGUACACCAAUUUUAGAUUUUGCUCUUGAAGUCGAAAAAAUAACAACGUCAAAGAAGCCAAAUCUUAUUCUCAAUGUUGACGGUAUGAUUGGAGCAGCAACCGUUGAUCUACUUCGAAGCAGCGGAUGUUUCACUCUCGAAGAAGCUCAAGAAUACAUUGAAAUCGGAUCUCUCAACGGUUUAUUUGUUCUUGGACGAACCAUUGGUUUCAUUGGUCACUAUCUUGACCAAAAGCGUCUCAAACAAGGACUUUACCGUCACCCAUGGGACGAUAUCUCUUAUGUUUUACCUGAAACUCAGUUUGCCGGCAACUAAACAGAGAAAAAAUAACUCAUUUCAACAUGAACUAUUUGUGUGUUCGUUUCAACGUUUUAUCAUCAAAAAAUUAGUCGAAGUCUAUGUUCAGUUUCCAAUUAAUUUAAUUACUUCAUCCCGGUGUUUGAUGGUAAACGUUUUCAAUUUAGCUCAUGAUGCUGAUGAUUUUAUUUCCCUUUACUCUCUGUCUCUUUUUCUCUCUAUUCAUUAUUCUUUUUCCUUAAUGAAUUUGGAUUCCAGAUUUAUUGUUAUGAUAGUUUAAACAAAUUUAAUUAUUAUUAAGCUAAAUGUUAGGGAAAAGAUGGAUUGAUUAGCAAUCACAAUCAAACAAAACAAAAUGCUGAAAAUAUCAUUUCACUCACUCAAAAAAAGACAAAUAAGUUUUCCCUUCUCUCCCUUAAUACUGUUUUUGACCAUCCAAUGAUUUGACCAACAAUUUAAGGUUGUGCUGAAAAAAAUAAGUUAAACAAAAUUAAUUAACAAUUAGCCUCACAAAGCUAUAAUUGGGUUUCCCUCUGGGCUCAAAGUGAUCUUUGAAGGUUGUGAAUUCAUUUACAAAUAGAUGUAAUUGUAUUUUUUAGAUCAUCAAUUCCGUUUCCUUUUUACCACCUUCACUUUCUUUGUGUCUCUCUCUCUUACAUCUCAGCAUUUAUCAAUUAUACUACUUCUUUUUGUUUUCUUUACUAAAGAAAUGUGAGAGUUUUUGAAAUAUCAUAUCAACCUUUUGAUUCUAUUUCUUAAUUUAUUGAUUUAAAUUAUGUUAACCAUGACUAGAACAACCUAAUCAAUAAUAGCUAACUUUUAAUUGUUUGAACAUCUCGUAUAGUCAAACAGUUAAAACUUUUCUUUUUCCUUGUAAAACUAUUAUUUGAGGUUAGGAAAAAUUUUUGAUUCUAUCAACAUUGUUGAUAUUUAAAUAAGUUAUUAAAACUUUGAUAGAGAAAAUUAUUAAAUCACAAAAUGAUUACCUAAUAUUGAUGAAACUUGGUCAAAGACUUAAAGCAAAAAUUACUUAGCUGGAUACACAAUUGAUAGAAGUACAAUCUCUUAUAAUUUUUUUCCUUCUUUUCCUCUUUGUAAAUCACUUUCUUCCUGAUAAUUUGUAUUUUGACCUUAAUUCACCUUCAUUCACAUUCCCUGAUGUAACUUUUUGUUUCCUUGUUUUGUCUGGUAACAUCUUUUUCCCCUGAGGUCAUUUCCAAGGUAACUUGCUCUUAUCCUUUUCUCUCUCUAUCUUUGGAAGGAUAAUCCAAAAAGUAUCCAUUGUCAUCAUCAUCAUUGUAAUCAAUUUGUUUUGAUUCUUCAACCAGAAUUGGACUAACAGGAACCAUCGUUCAAUUAAUUGAUUAUAACACAAUUUAUUGAAUUUCUCUCGCUUUUGCCUUUGUUUUUUUUUCGUUUGUUCUGUCACAACAAAAGAGACAUGGAAACAUUUCCCUUUUCUCAUUUCCUUACAUCAAAUAUGGUUAAUAUUAUGAUAUAUAUAUUGUUCAAGAAUAAAUUUACGUGCCAUCGGUGUUGAAA